AUGGCUGAUUCUCAGAGAUCCGACAGAUCAAGUCGACCUGUGGUAAAAACAGGAAAGCUUGUUCGUUCUCAGAAGAUCAUUCAGCUGUCUCCGUCAGACACAAGACCGCCAGACAUCCCCGAAAAUUCGGAAGCACCCCGACGAGAACAUGCUACACCAACCAGAAGCCAUACCCCAGGCCAUCUGUCGACGAAGAGUCAGGAUAGGAGGAAGAAGGCGAGCGAUUUGGCGUUACGGCAACGCUCCCAAUCGCUAAAUCAAUCGCAUCCAGAGUCUCCAAAGUCAGCAAGGUCGCCAGGAGUACAUAGUGGCAGAGGUACUCCCCGACCUGAGAAUCCUCUUUCUCCACCAGUUACCAACCCGAAUGCUCCUCCGCCCAUCUCUCAGUCCAUGGUGGCCAGCCGACCACUAAACAUACGGUCGACAUCCGCCAUUGCGUCGAAGCCGAAGCCAGAAGGUGUCCCAUCCCCAACGCCAGCAAGAGUUGUCACUCCUGCGCAGCGUCCAACACGUGGAGCAUAUAUUCCAUUCCCACCUCUUCCAGAUCCAAAAACCGCCCCAGAUGUACAGCCAGCGCCAGCAAGUGGCAUGUACUGGUCGCGUGCCCCUGUAUCUGGCGCCUCACAUACAUCAUUACGAGCACAUACCACUACACUUAUUGGAUCAAACAUAUAUAUAUUUGGGGGCUGUGAUGCUAGGAGUUGUUUUAACGAGUUAUACGUCUUAGAUGCAGAUGCAUUUUACUUUUCGAAUCCUUUUGUUUGUGGAGAGAUACCCGUUCCAUUGCGCGCGAUGACCUGUACAGCGGUUGGGAAGAAGCUGGUAGUAUUUGGGGGAGGUGAUGGACCUGCAUAUUACAAUGAUGUAUAUGUGCUAGAUACUGUCAACUUCAGGUGGAGUAAACCUAAAAUUGGAGGAGACCGGCAACCGAGCAAGAGACGAGCGCAUACAGCAUGUUUAUAUCGAAAUGGGAUAUAUGUUUUCGGAGGCGGAGAUGGAGUUCGUGCCUUGAAUGACGUUUGGAGACUAGAUGUUGCAGACACCAACAAAAUGUCCUGGAAAUUGAUCUCAGCGCCAUCAUCCAGCUCCUCCGAAGACAAAACCAAACCCAAAGCUCGAGGCUACCACACCGCCAACAUGGUUGGUAGCAAACUCAUCAUCUUCGGCGGCUCCGACGGCGGCGAAUGCUUCCGCGACGUCUGGGUUUUCGACGUCGAAACACUGGCCUUCUCCUCCGUCCACAUCCCGCUCUCAUACCCCCGUCUCUCUCACACCGCCACCAUCGUCGGCUCCUACGUCUUUGUCAUCGGCGGCCACGACGGAGUGGAAUACUCCAACGAAGUCCUCCUCCUCAACCUCGUGACCAUGGUCUGGGAUAAACGCAAGAUCUACGGGCAACCCCCGAAACCACGUGGCUAUCACGGGGCAGUCCUUCAUGAUAGUAGACUUAUCGUCGUGGGCGGCUUUGAUGGCGGGGAGGUGUUUGGCGAUGUACAGGUUUUGGAGUUGGCGGUGCAUGCGUAUUAUAGUCAGAUUAGCCAUUUUAGUAUUGAUGUUUAG